AUGCUCUUUGACCUCAACGACGAGGAGUUCCAGACGCGCCUUGAGGCGCCCAAGCACCUCUUGUUGGGCGCCAAUGUCCUCCUGGGGCCGUCCGAGAGCAGGAACUUCGCGCGUGUGCCGGCCACAUUGGACUGGCAACUCCCCCAUGUCCACGUGCUGGAGGAGCCCGAGCUUCAAGACGGUAUGCAGAACCACUGGGACACGUCGCGGAUUGCAGCGAUUGUGCUGGACUACGUGGACAAGCACCGCAUCGAUGCGGUCUUUACAUUCGAUGGCUACGGCGUCUCGGGGGCAUCCAAACCACAUUGCGACCCAUUGCGGAUCUUCUCGCGCUACACGUUCGUCAAUACCUUCCGCCCACUGCUAGAGGUCGACGUAACGGAUCGUCCAUUAGCGCAUAAGAAGACACAGUAG